AUGAGCAAAACGCAGUUCCCCAACCCUAGAACGGCCUCACCAACCUCAUUUCUCUUCGAUCUCUACUUCACCAACUUUCACGAUACUCACUCGUGGCUUUUGCCCAAGCCACAACUACUCAGUCGUAUCAGGGCUGAUCCCGAUGGCUUCCAUUUUCUCGCAAGCUGCAUCACCUACGUGGGAUCUCUUUUCUCUAGGUCUUUCUCCUCAGAGGAGCUAAGAGAGAAGGCGUACAGUCUGGCGAGCGGUGGUCUGCCGAUGACACCAUGGACAGUACAGGGACUUCUUGUUUUGAGCGUGGCGGCAUUUGGAGAGAACAGGAUGGACUUGAGCAGUGGGUGGAUGGACACAGCAACGCAAAUGGCACUCGACCUGGGGAUGCACGAGAGGUCGUUUGCAGAUGCGGAGCCUGAUUCGUUUGUGGCGGAGAGCUUUAGGAGAACCUACUGGGCGCUUUACUUCCACGGCAACAUGCGAGCAAUGCGAGAAGAGUCGCCGACUUUCACUCUGUUUGCGGUAAGGGCAACUACUGAGCUGCCGUGUGAGGAGUGGGAGUAUCAGUCAGGGGAAAUCCCGCAACCUAUAUCUUUGGAACAGUACGACAUUAGGGAUCCGAUGGACGAUAGAAGCUAUUCUUCUUGGACUUACUUGAUCGAUCUAUGCCGACUCUCCGGAGAUCUCAUUCUUCCCAUGGCAAAGCUCCCUCGCGAAUUACUCGCAAGCACCAUUGACCGAGCGGAUUCUCGAAUCGUCAGUUGGUUGAUCAGUCUGCCAAAAUGGAAACAGCAGUUGGUUGAUGCAGGAGGCGCUGUUGACAUGAUCCUGUUCCACGCGAUGGCCUACGCCCAUAGCUUGAGGAUCAACAUGCAGCUACCCGUGGGAGCUUUAGGACUUGGGAUUCGAGAUCUCCUUACAAUCGGUCCGCUGUUCAAAGCACGCGGAUCGCCAUCAUCUCGAAGCCCAGAAGCCUUUUCUGUCCCUCAUCAGUGGUCGGAGUGCUCCACGGCGCUUCAGGCAGGACUCUCGACGAUCGGGCUUUUCAACUUCUCGUUGCCGCCGGCAAGAUACAGCCCGGCAUGCAUUAUCGGCCUACGAAAAGCUGCUCUGCCGUUGCUCGAUGCAAGGAUAUAUGGCACAGUCGACUCACCUGCUUUGCGAGAGAAGCUCGAUCUGCUCCUCGGUGUGCUGAAAGUCUCCGGGGAAAUGUGGCCUAUCGCUAGGACCAUCGGCAACGAAGUGAACGACGUGCUGAGGGAUAUGGACGUCGCGAACCACCGCAACGUGACGCCGCAGUUUGAUCCGAGUUUAGACGCCUUCAUCAACGACAUGUCUUCGGGGUGCGUCGAGGAUCCCAACUUAUUCGCCUUUCCCGAGCCAAGGACGGCCGAUGACAUGCUUCACUGGAAUACAGGUCUGACGGGUACUUUUCAGGUUUAG